GCCAUGGCAUACGCUACAUAUAGAUUUCACCGGUAAAUUGAGUGGUAAAAGCGAUCAAAAAGAAUACUGUUCAGUAAUUAUUGACUCGUUCACUAAAUAUGUACUACUGGAACACACAACUUCUCUUGAUGCGGCUAGCGCUGUUAACGCUCUUAAAAAGGCAGUCUAUCUAUUCGGAGCUCCAAAACGUGUUAUAGCCGAUCAAGGUCGCUGUUAUAUAAGCACCGACUUUAAAGCGUUUUGUGCUGAUAACAACAUCCAGCUUCACUUUAUCGCCACAGGUUCGAGCCGGGCUAACGGCCAGGUAGAACGUGUGAUGCGGACCCUAAAAUCUUUGUUAACGAUUAUUGAAAAUGACCCGAAUAAAAACUGGCGAGAUGAGUUAGGUAAUGUGCAGCUGGCUCUAAACAGUACCAGGUCAACUGUUACAAAAUAUACUCCAACUGAACUUCUUACUGGAGUUCGCGCACAACCAUUAGGGAUUUCUAAACUGACAUAUGGGAAUGAACAAAGCCAAAGGUUAGAUAUUGAGUCCAUCCGCGCAGAGGCUUCCAAAAAUAUAGAAAAGGCUGCCAAAGCUGAUACUGUACGUUUUAAUCGUGGUCGUGCCACUAUCAAACCAUUUUCGAAAGGAGACUUUGUGUUUGUUAAAAGUUCUGAACGAAAUCAAACCAAGCUAGACCGUAAAUUUAGAGGACCAUUUGUAAUCACCAAUGUCCUUGAAAACGACCGUUACGAGUUGAAAAGUAUCACUGGCUCUAGUAGAACAUUCAAAUAUUCUCACGAGAACUUACGUUCAGUACCGAGAGGACAUGAAGGGCUAACCGAGGUGGCCUUUAGCAUGUUAAACGAGAAUGAGGCCAUGACGGCGGGGGAUAACGAUGAACAGUUAGACGGAUACCAGUACGACGAUUCUGAUACAUUGUCUGCUCAUAGUGAUACCUUGACUGCAGGGUCCACAACUUUAACAGCACAAUCAGAGACUAUGAGCGACGACUCCGAAGAUGAAUCUCAUCGUGAAGAGAUAGUAGGUGUGGAGGUUCAUCAUUCGUAAUAGAUAAUGUAAUCUGCACAUCUGAUUGCACUAAACAGAUACUCGUGAUCGCCCGAGGACGGGCGAAUGUCAGUCCGGCCGUGACGGCGCCUCGAGCGCGUUCUAAAUCUACCUUUUUUUUAAGUUAAGUUAAAUGUUAGACAGAGCCAUCUAGUAUCGAUGUCUAUGUUAAUUUAAUUCAAUGUUGGAAUUUGUAAGGACGAGAGUGGCAACCCAACUGUGGUGGCAACACUCUAGUGAAACGUCGUUGUGAGCGGACGUCCAU